AUGGGGAAAAUUGGCGGAGGGCAGAUAGGCUUCCGGGAAACCACUCAAGGAAGCAAAUGGAUAAAGCUAUUAUAUGUGGGGAAGGACAUAGCGAUCCCACAGCCCAACAGACAACCUCCAAGACAGACAAAAGCUGUGAAUAUCUUGGUUUUGGGAAAGGAAUCAGUUCUGAGACCACAGCUUGUUCCACUUCAGGAAAUCGAAACUGGAAAGAAAUCACUUCAAUGCUUGGACCGUGGGGAAAGCUUCAAUAACCGCUCAGAUCUUAAUAACCAUGGGAGAAGCCACACAGGAGAGAGAUCCUCUCAGUGCCUUGAGGGCAGGAAUAUUUUAAAUUUGAAGUCAACCUUGAUUACACAUCAGACGGUCCAGACUGGAGAGAGACCCCAUAAGUGCUUAAUCUGUGGGAAAAGUUUCGUAUGGAGGUCAGCCCUACUUAGUCAUCAGGCAAUCCACACUGGAGAGAGAUCCCAUAAGUGUUUAGAGUGUGGAAAAAAUUUCAUACAGAAGUCAAACCUUGUUGCACAUCAGGUAAUCCACACUGGAGAGAGACCCCAUCAGUGUUUAGAGUGUGGGAAAAAUUUCAUACGGAGGUCAACCCUUCUUAUACAUCAAGCAGUCCACACUGGAGAGAGACCCCAUAAGUGCUUGGAAUGUGGGAAAAGUUUCAUAUGGAGGUCAGGCCUUGUUUUUCAUCAGAAGAAACACACGGGAGAGAGACCUCAUAAGUGCUUAGAGUGUGGAAAAAGUUUCAUAGAGAGGUCAGACCUUGCUAAACAUCAGAUAAUCCACACAGGAGAGAGAUCCCAUAAGUGUUUGGACGAUGGGAAAAGUUUCACACAAAGAUCAAAUCUUAUGGAACAUCAGAGAAUCCACACUGGAGAGAGACCCCAUAAAUGCUUAGACUGCGGGAAAAGUUUCACAUGGAGAUCUGCCCUCGUUAAACAUGAAAGAAUCCACACUGGAGAGAGACCCCAUAAGUGCUUGGAAUGUGGGAAAAGUUUCACAUGGAGAUCUGCCCUCGUUAAACAUGGGAGAAUCCACACUGGAGAGAGACCCCACAAGUGCUUAGACUGUGGGAAAAGUUUUAUACAGAGAUCAGCCCUUCUUCUUCAUCAGGCAAUCCACACUGGAGAGAGACCCCAUAAAUGCUUAGACUGUGGGAAAAGUUUUAUACAGAGAUCAGCCCUUCUUCUUCAUCAGGCAAUCCACACUGGAGAGAGACCCCAUAAAUGCUUAAUCUGUGGGACAGGUUUCAUACGGAAGUCAGACCUUGUUAAACAUCAGGAAAUCCACACUGGAGAGAGACCCCAUAAGUGUUUAGACUGUGAAAAAAGUUUUAUACGGAGGUCAUCCCUACUUGCACAUCAAAAAAUCCAUACCGGAGAGAGACCCCAUAAGUGCUUAAACUGUGGGAAAAGUUUCAUACGGAGGACUGACCUUGUUAAACAUCAAGCAAUCCAUACAAGAGGGAGACCAUAAGAGUUCAGAAAGUGUGUAAAUGUGCAAAAAAAGGCAUGGA